UAAGUGUACAUUGAAAUGUGGAACGAUGAUGAAUCUAGAUCGACGGACGUUCCACUGCCCGUACCGAAAAGGUCCAUCACAACGACAAUUGAGUUACCAUUAUUUCUGAAUCUUGUAGCUCUAACUUUGACAGCUCCAGCCGUCAGUAAUUUAAUUCUUUAUAAAACAUGUGUACAUUCCUUAAAUAACUCUGUGCCUCAGUGCAAGCCAUUCCUUUCACCUAUAAAAACGAAUGAGACCUCAGAUGUAGAAAAAGAAGUUCAAAAGUAUGCUACAUAUGUAUCAACUGUAAAGAUGGUACUGGAGUUUGUUUUUCCAUCUUUUCUUUCUUUGUUUUUGGGGGCCUGGUCUGAUACCUAUGGUAGAAAACCUUUAAUAGUUUGGCCGCUGUUUGGUGCAUCAAUAACUGGGAUGCUAUUGGUGAUCUUCAGCUUGAUAGACAGUUUGGGUCCUUGGUGGUUUAUAUUAACAGCAGUGCCAUCUUCACUAUCUGGUGGAUAUAUUGCUAUGUUUACAGGCAUGUACUGCUAUGUCAGUGAUACAAGCACUCCUGAAAGAACGUCAUUAAGAAUGACUAUGAUAGACGCCACUACAUCUCUGGGGACGGUAGUUGGUUCCAUGCUGUGUACUUCUCUAAUUUUGACAAUUGGAACCACAAAUGUCCUCUUGUUAGCUGCUACAAUUAGUGUGAUAUCGUAUGCAUUUACCAACAUAUGGAUACAGGAAUCUUUAAGGGGAGCAUUAGAGGGUGGUGGAUCGAAACUUCUAGACAUUUUACUUAUAAAGGAAAUGUUUCGCGAAUCUUUGAAGAGAAGACCAAAUCGACAGAGAGCCCAAAUAUACCUCAUAUGUUUUACAAGCGUAAACUAUAUUUUGGGUAACUUAGGACCAGUCGGUGUGGAAUAUUUGUAUACAAGACAGAAAUUACAUUGGUCUUUACAAGAAUACACUACCUAUUCAUCAGUUAGUACUGCAAUGACGUUGGUUGGAGGCUUCUUCGGUCUGAUGGUCGUCCAGAAAAUAUUACGCGCUGGAGAUAUAGUAUUUGCGAUGGCAGUUAUAUUCUCGGCUGCAGCGAGCUGUAUAAUUAAACUAUUUGCAGUUGAUACCUGGCAUAUGUACUACGGUAGCGUCGUUUCUAUUUUUAAAGGUUUACCGGGUCCUUUAAUACGAUCUCACCUAUCAAAAAUGCUUCCAGUCGAGGACGUCGGCAAGGUUUUCGUCCUCCUUUCAGCUGCUGAGAGUAUUUGCCCUAUUUUAUUUCCAAUUAUGUUUAACACACUAUAUUCUUCCACAUUGACGAUAUUCCCUGGAGCAAUAUAUGUUCUUAGCAGCGCCCUGAUGGUGACCGCUAUGGUUUCGUUAGGGUUUGUACAAUAUUUUUCUUGGGUUGGAUCAUCAGCGAGUUACCGACGUCUCGAUUCUUUUAGUGAGGAAAACUAAUAUAGAUUAUAAUAGUCUUAUAAAUCUAAUAAAAACUUAAUUACACGUGUAAAUAAAAUAAAAAGUUAAUAUAUAUUUAUAAUUAUGUUCAUAUUUUCUGUAGACAAUUUUAUAUUUUAAAAGAUAUUUCCAAAAUAAAAAAUAACUGUGAUAUUAAAUGUAACUCUGCCUUAUUUGUAUGAUUAUGAAUUAAGAAUAAUAUUAUUUUAUUGUUGGUGCUUUAAUAGGAUUGUAAACUAGGAGCACAAACGAGACAAGUAUUUUUAUGACAAAAUAAAUGAAUUUAUUGAAA